AUGGGCUGGGAGCAGCACUAUGCCCUCCCGGUACUCAACACUGAAAACAAGGGUUUAAUAGACAAGUUACAGAUAUGCGAGAUCAAAAGGACGCUGUUGAAACUGAGAAACAAACGUGAGCAGAAUCAAGAAAAAAAGCAAUUAGGAAACGACUGCUUGAAAAAUGUUAGAAAGGAGCUGGAAAUCACAGAGGCUUUGUGCAAGGCCAAAGAAAGAGAGAUUGAUUUGGAGAUAGACCUCGCCGCCGUUGCUGAGAGAGAAAACGGCCGUCUGGUGCAAGAAAAUGCAAAGAUGGACAAUGAAAUUCAGCAUUGGGCUGAAAAGGCCAAAUAUUUUAAGAACAACAUUACGAAGGCUAAACAGAAGCUGGAGCAGUUUCGGAAGAAAAUGAAUUGGGACCAGCAAGCCCUGAAUUCUUUUUUGGAGGAGUCAACAAUAAAAGAUGAUGAUAUGAUGGCCAUCAUGAAGUAUUCACAUCAGGAUGAGCAGAGGAUCAAGUCACUUUCUUUGGCCAUCGAGAGGACGACAUUGGACGCCAAUAAAAAGCGCAAAGGGCUUGACAAAGAAAUGACAGAGACUUUAUCUGCACAGAUUGCUUUGGACAAGACGAUGGCGAAUUUGCAGCAGGCUCACGUAGAAACUGAGCAGAUCAUCUACCAGUGGGAAAACACCAUCCAACAAAUGAAGCAAAGAGAUGCUGAGAUGCAUCAGUCUGCUCUGAAACUGGCUGAGACCCACCAGAUCAUCAGAGAAAGGAACGACUCUUUGACAGAACUGAGUCACUUGCAGGACUCGCAGGUGAUCGACAACAAAGUCAAAGAGAAGAAAUUAACCGCGACCAAUCGACAAACUGCAAAACUGCGACUUGAUUACAAGCAGCGAGAGAGCAAUUACGUUGAGAUGCAGGAUGAGCUGAAAAGUUGCAAAGCCUUAUUGGAUAGAACAACCUCCAAUGUGCACUCAAUGAGGUCCCACAUACGCAGGAUGGAGGAAACCAUCGAGAACAACAACGAAAAACUGAAACAAGCGCAGGCCCACAAUACUGCCCUUGAGGCAAAGCUGAAAUCUGUGAUACAAAACGCCCUGAGUGAGAAAGAAAGAGCUGCCCAAAUGGAAAAUUUCCUCAAGGAAGAGCAGCAAGUUAUCAAGGAGCUGGACGUCCAGCUACGUGCCCGCGGCAAGGAGCUUGUCCGCUGCAAACAGAACGGAGAGGACGCCAAGGCAAAGGAAAAGAAUUAUGUGGCACAUUUACUACGGAGCAAAUGCACCAUCAACACAUUAGAAUGUCAGCUCAAGAAGCAGGAGGAGUACUUACUCAAACAGAUGAUGAUCAUGAAUGAAAAGGAUUCCCAGUUGAUCAUUUUAGAUAAAAAACUAUCACGAUUGCAAGGUGUUCUUGGUGAUUCAGAUGAAAAGCUGGGGAUGGAAGUCAAGAUCACAGAGCUGCUAAAUGCCCUCGAGGAGAAGAAGAAGACAUCCAGUAAGAUCGUCAUCAAAAUCAAAGAGUCUGAGGAGGACAUUCACUUUUUGCUGAAAGAGCGGGAGGAUUCCGCAGCUCAGAAGAAAGAGCUGCACAACAAAGUAGCGGAACUGAAGCUGAUCAAUAAUAAUAUUGAGAAGGAGCUGAAGAGACUUGGGCAAAAGAAACAGGAACAUAUCGUGGAGCAGAACAUCUCCAAGCUGGAGGUGAGGCGUAAGAGGGAUCUGCUGUUCAGCAAAGCCAACAGUGUGGUGUCCUUGGAGAAAAGACAGCUCAAUGUGAAGAAAGCAAUUCAUGAGCGGCAAGAGGAAAUCAGAGUCUACAGUCAAAUGCUCACUCAGCAGCUGAAGACCACAGAGCAGGAGAGACAGAAAAUCAGCAUGGAACUGAAUAUAAAGUUGUCCAAGGUUGAAGCCUCCAAGAAGCAUUACGAGGUUGUGACCUUUGCCAUGGCAGUCCAAGAGGAUGACGAGAAUGCGGUCAAGUCUCAAGCUCACUACAUCGCCCAGGCCGCGCUAGAGAAAGCGGAACUCAAGCAGCGGGGAGAGUGUCUAAAUAGCAAAAUCCGCAAGGCAGAGCAGGAAAAUAAAGCUCUGGAAAACACAACUCUGUUAUUCCGCAUGAAUAAUACUGGAUUUCAUACAACAGUCAUCAAAGCUAAAGAAGCCACUCCGGAUUAUCAGGAAAAGUUCAAGCUUGAAGAGCAGCUUCAGGUAGCCAAGGCGACGCUAGUGUCCAAAAAGCAACUAGCUCAAAAGCUUCGUGAGGAUCUACAGGCAAUUAACAAUGCCUUAAAGACUCAACUACAAGACAAACAGGCUUUGGAAAAAGAAGUCAUACAACUUAUGGAUUUUAAUGAUUCUGUCAGUGAGAUGAUCCUUACUGCCACCAAGUUCAAACCUCGACUCAAAUCGGCACUGCAGCAGCAGUUUCAGCAGGCCAAUCUGUCUUUUCCAUCUCCUGCUAUCUCUGGCACUAGUCGAAGGUCCAACCUUGUCAGCAGCUCGCUCUCUGUCAGGUGUGGUGCCUUUUCAGCCAGUAGCCACAAGCCUUCUGAUGAGCCGGACCCCACUGUGAAGACCGUGAUCCUGGGCCAGGAUCUUCCAUAACGCUUUUGCCCUCGUGACAUUUGGUUGCUCAGGAACUUCCCCUCCUUGUGAGGUUGCAUUGGAUGAUCGCUUGCAUAUGUGACUGAAAAAUAGACUAUUUGGGAAAAAAUAUACAUCUUACCUUUUAAAAA